AUAAUACCCUCAACGAAACGCAAGAACUGGUAUAUAGUCAUGGUCGGAAAUUGGAAUUAACUUCCCAGAAAUUAAACGAAAGUAUGUACCCUAAAAAAUAACAGUAUAAAAUUUGCAAAGUUACAUUUUUAAUUUAACUUUAGCCGCGGAAAAGGUUUUUGCGUUGCGUUGCACUAGCCCCUGCACAGUAGUGUGGUACGAUGAUUUGAUUUUGAUAAGAUAGGUCUGUGCUGUGGGGAAAAUUGGAAGCAUCGAUCGGAAAAUGCAAUCGUUAUCGUUGAGUAUGAGUCUGAGGAGUAGUAGCUUAGUGAAUUUUCUUUUGCUGGGUUCAGAGACGAGAGUGAGAAGCAGAAGGAGUGUCAUCGUAGCGUGUGCUUCAGAGGGAGACAGUGGCAGCAGUAGCACAAGCUCGUUUCUCUCUCGGACCCAAACCUACGCUCUUCUUAAGCAACAAUUGCAAGUAGCUGCUAAAUCCGAGGAUUACAAGGAAGCCGCUAGAAUUCGAGACUCGUUGAAGCUAUUUGAGGACGAGGAACCUGUUUUGCGUCUGAGGAGACUAUUGAAGGAAGCAGUUGCUGAAGAGAGAUUUCAGGAUGCUGCUAGUUAUCGUGAUGAGCUAAACAAAAUUGCUCCACACUCUCUUUUAAAAUGUUGCAGUGAUGCUACAACAUUGGGAAUCAGGGUUCAAGUUAGGAGUGUAUAUAUAGAGGGCAGAAGUCAGCCUUCAAAGGGGCUAUAUUUCUUUGCAUAUAGAAUAAGAAUUACUAAUAACUCAGAACACCCUGUUCAACUUCUUAGAAGGCAUUGGAUUAUAACUGAUGCUAAUGGGAGAACGGAAAAUGUCUGGGGAAUUGGAGUUGUUGGUGAACAGCCAUUAAUACUUCCUGGGAAUAGUUUUGAAUACUCUUCAGCAUGCCCACUGAACACACCAAAUGGUAGAAUGGCCAGUGCUGGGUUUCUGUAGAAGUUCUUAUCUGUAAACAUACGUGACAUUAAGUUUGAGUGGAUGCAACGCUGCCAUGAUUUCUAUCCGAUCAACUGUCAUUAUUUGCAUAAUCAACAGAUCUUACCAUAGGAAAAAGAAAGCCAAAGUAAAAGCCUUAUUGAAGCACAUAUUUUGACAUGCUUCAGUGUGGGUGAUUGUUUCAUGGUUGCAUCCAAUUUUACUUCAGAAUGAGUUGGUAUUAUGAUUUUAGCCAUGCAGCACUCCUAGGUUCUUCAUCAAGUGAAAAUUGACGGAGAAUUGUAAACUAUACCCCUCAAUAAUUUGGAUUCAUUGGUUGUUGCAUUGCAUGUUUUAUUCGAGAUGCAUUUCUACUUUCACGGAUUGCCAGAUGCGUCUCCAUCAUAUCCCACAUAAAAUCAGGCUUUUAUAUUAUA